CUACCUACUGCCUACAUCCUAAGAGGCAACUGGUAGCUGUGGCCCCGUUCCCAUGGCAACCGCGCUGCGCUGACAGAUGUCCUUGUUCAACCGGCGUAUCAUAGUAGGGAUGGCUCCGGAGGCGGAGUCAACGUUUUGUUGUGGUUGAGAACAUAAUGUUUUCGUACUCCUGAAACAUGAAUGUGGAUGUUGCUUUGUGACACUCACACACAGAGGGGAGACGGCCUAGCGAGAGAGUCACCUACAGUCACCGGGACUGGAGAGACAGAGAGACCGAGGAUGAAUUGCUUUAUGCCACGGGGCACUAGACGGAUGAUUGAGGAGCGCAGAUUGCAUAAUGAACGGCAACAAGUCCUCAUCAGAAAACUGAGUAGGGAGAUGUAUCAGGAACAGGGAAGCGACCCCCAUCUGGGGACCAGACACCAGCUCAGCAGGCUCAUGCGACCGGACGAUGCAAACAUCUUCGGCAGCGUGCACGGCGGCACGAUCCUGAGGAUGAUCGAGGAAGCCGGGGGCAUCAUCAGCACGCGCCACUGCAACACGCAGGAUGGGGACCGCUGCGUUGCCGUGCUGGGGCGGGUGGAGAAGACGGAGUUCCUGUCGCCGAUGUUCAUCGGAGAGGUGGCCCACGUGUGUGCAGAGAUCACCUACACCUCCGAGCAUUCGGUGGAGGUCCAGGUCCACGUCAUGUCCGAGAACGUCCUCACAGGUUCCAAGAAGCUGACAAACAAGGCGGCCCUGUGGUACGUUCCCUGCUCCCUGAAGAACGUGGAUAAGAUCCUGGACGUCCCGCCCAUCAAGUACACCAGCCCGGAGCAGGAGGAGGCGGGUAGGAAGAGACAUGAGGUCCAGAGGACGGUCAGGCAGAACACCACGGAGCGCAACGAGGAGGUCCCCCCGCCAGCCUCCAAGCCAGAGAGACCAAUGAAGGAGAUCCACACUGUUGGAUUCAGCCAAUCCAGCCUGAUCCAUCUGGUGGGACCUAACGACUGCAUGAUGAACGACUUCGUCCACGGAGGUGUGACCAUGAAGCUGAUGGAUGAGGUGGCGGGCAUCGUGGGCGCCAGACACUGCAACACGCGCAUCGUCACAGCCUGCGUGGACGCCAUCAACUUCCACCGCAAGAUCAAGAAAGGCUCCCUGCUGAAGGUGCAGGGCCGCAUGGCCUUCACCAGCCCCCGAUCCAUGGAGAUCCAGGUGAUCGUGGACGUGGAGCCCCUCAUCGAGGCCGACAAGGCCACGUACCGGGCCGUCUCCGCCUUCUUCACCUUCAUCUCCCUGGACAAGGACAACCGGCCCCUCCCCGUGCCCCUCCUCAAGGUGGAAGGAGAGGAGGAGCAGAGGAGGUUCGACGAGGGGAAGGAGCGCUACCUCCAGAACAAGGCUAGGAGAAUCGCCGACAGCCAAGUCACGGCGUGACACUGUAGGCGGGGGCCCCCAGGGGCCAACGCACGCACAUCUGAAGAAAGAAAAAAGCGAUGCUUUUAAAGGUUUAAAGCUUUAUUUAAACCUUGAUGUAGCUUUUUCAUCAUUCCACUGCUUUUUAUUGAAGGCCGCAUACCAAAGUGUCUAGCAACAUAUAUUUAUGUAACGGGAAUAAAAAUAAAUAUAUAAUUUAAUUUUGUAACUUUUAAAGUAUGAAGACUGUGGAUGAUUCCGGUCAAGGGGAUGGUCGGACUGGGAAAUAAAUGAGAAACAACAACUACAUCUAACGUUUAUUUGUAUGAUGACGAAAGACAUGUGAGGUAUAAAAACAGCGUGA